AUGGAGGGCGUGAUGGUGAGCGCUUCCACAGGAGUGAUGACGUCGCUUCUCAAGAAGCUCACAACGCUGCUGGAGAAGAAGCAGCGCCUGAUCAGUGACGUGAAGAAGGACGUCGCCUCCCUGAGGGACGAGAUGACCAGUAUGGGCGCCCUGCUUGCGAGGCUCUCCGACAUGGAGGAGCUCGACGCACAGCACAGGGACUGGCGCGACAAGGUGCGCGAGCUGGCCUUCGACAUGGAGGAUUGCAUCGACGUUUUCCUGCAUAAGCAUGGCGAUGGCGACGCCAGGUCGUCGUCAGGGCUUAUGCCACGCCUCAAGAUACCUAUGGCGCGCUACAGGAUCGCCAGCUUAAUCAAGCAGCUCAGCACCCGGGCCGUGGAGAUAAGCAGCUCUCGUGAUAGAUACAGAUUACUCGAUGUGCCAGCUUCUGCUGCUGCUGGUGGCGUUGUGCCUGUGGACCCUCGGAUUCAGGCGAUCUACGCGGAGGCCACUGGCCUGGUAGGCAUCGAUGGCCCCAGGGAGAAGAUCAUCGAGUGGUUGACGACGAAGGAGGGAGCUGAUCGGCAGGUUAGGGUGGUGUCUAUGGUAGGGUUUGGAGGUGUGGGCAAGACGACUCUCGCCAACCAAGUCUACAGUAAGAUGAAAGACCAGUUCGAGUCCACGGCCUUCGUGUCGGUGUCCCGGAAACCCAAUAUCAUCAAGAUUCUGUCCGAUUUGGUCAUGGCUACUCGUGGCCGGAUGGAUCCAGCUGAAAAGCACGAUGCACGCCAACUUGUUGACGUGGUUAGGGCUAACCUCAAAGAUAAAAGGUAUCUUGUGGUAAUUGAUGAUAUAUGGGCAGAAGAAGCAUGGAACACUAUCAAAUGCUGUUUCCUGGAAAAUAAUUGUGGCAGUUGUGUCAUCACAACUACACGUAGUGAAGAUAUAGCCAAUGCAUGCCGUUCUGGUUUCGAUGGCUACGUCUAUAAGAUCAAACCUCUUACUGAUCUAGACUCCAUGAGGUUAUUUCACAGAAGGAUUUUUCAUUCUGAAGAUGCUUGUCCCGAGCAACUAAAAAGUGUUUGUGGUGACAUUUUAAAGAAAUGUGGAGGGGUGCCAUUAGCCAUUCUUACUAUAGCCAGCAUUUUGGCUAGUCAUGAAGAGGUCAAGUCGAUGGAAGUAUGGGAAAGGUUAAAGCGUUGUUUAGGUUUCCAUUUGGAAAAAACCCCUGCUUUCGAAUGGAUGAGACAUGUUCUUAAUCUUGGGUACAAUGAUUUGUCUCUGGAUUUGAAGACCUGCAUGUUAUAUCUUGGUAUAUUUCCAGAAGAUUCUGAAAUACGCAAGAAUGACUUGAUGAGGCGGUGGAUAGCUGAGGGUUUUAUUACUAGAAGGCAUCAUUGUCUUGGCCAAGAUGAAGUUGCAGAAAGCUAUUUCAACGAGCUCGUUAAUAGAAACAUGAUCCAAAUAGCUAGGUUCGAUGACUGUGGGGAAGUACUGUCUUGUCGACUGCAUGACCUAAUGCUUGAUUUCAUCAUACUGAAGUCCACAGAAGAAAAUUUUAUCACUGUGAUUAACGAUGAUCAUUGCACUCAGGGCCCCUGGGAAGCUCGUCGACUAUCAGUACAUAUUAGAGAUUCAGAAUGCAACGAUGUGCUAUCAAACAUGGGUCUCACCCAGGUUAGGUCAUUUAACCUAUGGGGCCCUGCUCAAUGGUUGCCUCCCCUCUCAAAAUUUCAACUUCUGAGAGCUCUAAACCUUGAAAUUUACAAUUCCAAGGGCGAGCAUUACAAUACGUCUUGCAUAUGCAGUUUAUUCCAACUCAGAUAUCUGAGGACCAGAGGCAUUAGGUCCAAGAAACUCCUUACAGUGCAAUUGCACAAGCUAGAACAUUUGCAAUCACUGGAGGUAGCCUGUGAAGCAUACGACGACUUGACACUGGACGCUAAGUUGUUACCUUCGACAUUGUGGCAUCUGGUAGUUCCAAGAUACGUGUACUUGGGUGGAAUCGGCAGAAUGAAAACCCUCCGAAUAUUACGCCCGUUAAAAACUAAUUUCACAAACAUGGAUAGCAUAGAGGGGCUGGGUGAGCUGACCAAUCUGAAGGAGCUAGAGCUAGAGCUAGCAAGUACAUCACGCAGUCUGAUCCCCUCCCUCUGCAAGCUCGUCAGCCUUCAAUCCCUAGUAGUAAUCAAUCCGUUCUUCUCCCUGCCUGAUGACAUCUUGACCGGUUGGGUGCCACCUCCAGGGGAUCUGCGCAGGCUGCAUGUGCUGGAUUGUCCCUUCUCCACCGUCCCAUCCGGCUGGAUCACCCAACUCGGCAAGCUCCGCAGCUUGGACAUCCAGGUGGUGUCGCUUCCGAGGGACGGCGCCGCGGCUCUCUCCAGGCUGACCUCGCUGGUGCACCUCGAGCUACAUGUCGCGGAGCACGCUCCGGAGGAAGGCGUUGUCAUCCAUGGCGCCGCGUUCCCAAAUCUCGUGGAAUUUUGCUUCAGGUACACGGUCCCUUGCCUCGUUUUUGAGGCAGGGGCCAUGCCAAGGCUACGGAGCCUCAGCAUAGAUUGUUACGAAAGGGGAGCUCGGCAUGCUGAUGCUGUGCUUAACGGCAUCGAGCACCUUUGUGGCCUCUUGGACUUCAGGUUAGAUAUUUACGAGCGGGAUGGCUUUAUUCCCAGGGUUUAUUUUGGCCGUGAUCAUAUGAAAAACCUGAAAUGUGCUUUCAUCCCGGACUCCGAGUUAGAUACUUCCGAGCAGUUUAGUGGCACUGAUCUUGAGAGGCCACAAUCGGAGGAGGUUCGGAAGUGGGACAGGGACAGUCUCAUGGCUGCGGUCGCCGAGGCCAUCAAAAGGCAUCCCGGGAGUCCUCGUAUUAUCAUGACUGUUGUAAGCUGA